AUGGCCAAGCGCCGCCGCCCAGAGAAGCGCGAGUCACCGCCCGAACCGGCCGCCGCCGACACCCUACUCCGGGCGGGGGAGGAGGACGGCCGUUCCGGGUUCCGCCUGAGCCAGCAGCGCAGGACGAGGAGGCGGGAGCGGCGCGGUGAGAAAGAGGCGGAUGAAGGGGAGGCGACGUCUCUUCCAGGACCGUGCGCGGCCCACGACGCCGGGGCCCCGGAGGACGAGAACGGAGAGGAGGAGGCGGUGGCGGCUGCUCCUCACGCUCACACGGCCACUGCUUCCCCGCCUCCCGGCUCCGCCCGCCGCGCCGCCGCUGCCGCACGGCAUGCUGGGAGCGAGGGGUGGUGCCGGCGCCCGCGGGGCCUGGGGAGAUGGGCGGGGCCUGUUUGCGGGGGCGGGGUCGAGAGGGGCGGGGCCGAUCGCAGACCGCCCCGCCCCCCAUGUCCCCAGGCUCCUGGGCGGUGCCGAGGUCUGGGUACCGCGGUGACGAAUCCUGGGACAGGGGAUCUCCACUACCGCGGCCACACACUUUUCUCCCAAAAGCUUCCCGGAAAGCACCGGAUCCCCGGGGGCCGGGCAGUCAGGUGUAAAUGUGCGUCCAAUCAAAGACCUGCGGUGUCGGGGGGCUGGUGCCCUGGCGUGCGCGCGCACAUAGGCGUGCCCUUACAUUCACGUGCGCCGGCCUUCCCCCUGUCUAGAGGGGAAAACGUGAAAAUAGUAGGAUCGAGAGGUGGAUAUCCACCUUUCCAGCCUCCACCUUAAAUGUGCCCAUCGAGUCCUGGCAUCUUCUACUAUUUCUUUACAAUGAAAAAAAUUAAAUGGUAGAAGGAAAGGGAGUACCGAUGACCACUAAGUCCUGUCCUCUGCAAUGUGAAAUGUGCUUUCAAGUCCUCACACCCUGACGCUUGGCCGCCUUCUGCAGGAGAAAGAAGCUGAGGGGCGGGCGAAGUGGCUCAUGCCUGUAAUCCCAACACUUUGCAAGGCCGAGGUGGGUGGAUCACUUGAGGUCAGGAGUUCGAGACCAGUCUGACCAACAUGGGGAAACCCUGUCUCUACUAAAAA